GGCUUAGUAGAGCUUGUAGUGUGCUGUUGAAAUCAGCACAGUCCAGCUACCAUAAAAAAAAGAAAUCUACGAAUCGUGUGUAAGUGUCUAAGCCAAGGAUAAAGGCACUUUUCAAAUAGAAAGGGAACACAUGUAUGAAUUCAGAAAUUCUAGCUGAUAUACUACAAGUAUAAAAGGACGUAUGUGUCAGAUGUCCGACACCGAGUCGUAUUUUGGAUAUUGCCGCGGUUGUCCCCAUUUCCAAACGGAAACCAUCUCUGGACAGCCAGCUUGCGCUAGCUUCAUAAUUCUUUAGGACACGUUUCAUCAUUUAAAAAACAAAUUGAAUGUUGGUUGUGUCAUGAGUCCGGCCGGGUGCUCCCAUGUGAACGGUUAUAAGGUGGACAAUUGGAAACAGAACCUACGAGUAAUUUACCAGUGCUUUGUUUGGAGCGGGAGUGCUGAGACCAGGAGACGAAAGGUGCUUCAGAAUGAUGCGGGAUGGACAGCAGUGGCCAAGUCGUGUAUCUGUCACAUGUGCGGCGCGCACCUGAACCGGCUCCACUCCUGCCUCUACUGCGUCUUCUUCGGCUGCUUCACCAAGAAACACAUCCACGAGCACGCCAAGAACAAACGCCACAACCUAGCAAUAGACUUAUUAUACGGGGGGAUAUAUUGUUUUGUGUGUCAAGACUACAUAUACGACAAAGACAUGGAACAGAUUGCCAAAGAAGAACAGAGAAAAGCCUGGAAACUGCAAGGUAUAGGUGAGAAGUACACUACGUGGGAGCCUACAAAGAGAGAACUGGAACUGCUGCGACACAAUCCAAAGCGGAGGAAAAUCACUACAAACUGCACCAUAGGUUUACGAGGGCUGAUCAACCUGGGCAACACGUGCUUCAUGAACUGCAUCGUCCAGGCCCUCACACACACCCCACUGCUGCGGGACUUCUUCCUGUCCGACAGACACAAGUGCGAGAUGCAAUCCAACUCCUGUCUGGUGUGCGAGAUGUCCCAACUCUUUCAGGAGUUCUACUCGGGCCACCGUUCGCCCCACAUUCCCUUCCGCCUGCUGCACCUGGUGUGGACCCACGCACGCCACCUAGCGGGCUACGAGCAGCAGGACGCCCACGAGUUCCUCAUCGCGGCGCUGGACGUGCUGCACCGACACUGCAAGGGGGACACCACCCGAGACGACAACGGGAAGAAGGCCAACAAUCCAAACCACUGUAACUGCAUCAUCGACCAAAUCUUCACCGGGGGGCUGCAAUCAGACGUCACCUGUCAAGUCUGCCACGGCGUUUCCACGACGAUAGACCCGUUCUGGGACAUCAGUCUGGACCUGCCCGGCUCGUCCACGCCCUUCUGGCCGCUCAGCCCAGGGGGAGACGGGACCUCCGUCAACGGGGAGAGCCACCUCCUGGGAGCCACCACCCUCACAGACUGUCUGCGCAGGUUCACCCGGCCAGAGCAUCUGGGAAGCAGUGCCAAAAUCAAGUGCGGCGGUUGCCAUAGUUACCAGGAAUCCACCAAACAGCUGACGAUGAAGAAGCUCCCCAUCGUGGCGUGUUUCCACCUCAAACGGUUUGAACACUCUGCUAAGCUGCGGAGGAAGAUCACCACCUACGUGUCCUUCCCUCUGGAGCUGGACAUGACCCCCUUCAUGGCCUCCAGUAAAGAGAGCAGGAUGAAUGGCCAGUAUCAGCAAACAGUAGACGUGUUGAACAACGACAAUAAGUAUUCCUUGUUCGCGGUGGUGAACCACCAGGGCACGCUAGAGAGCGGCCAUUACACCAGCUUCAUCCGCCAGCACAAGGACCAGUGGUUCAAGUGUGACGACGCCAUCAUCACCAAGGCCAGCAUCAAGGACGUGCUGGACAGUGAAGGGUAUCUCCUAUUCUAUCACAAACAGUUCCUGGAAUACGAGUAGCCUAAGCAGAUCCGGACAGAGGAGAACCUUCUAACUGGAGAGGUGAGGGGGGGGGGGGAGGGGCUGGGGAAGACAGAGGACGAAGACACAAACCUACCUGAAACUCUGCACACCUGUCUGCUGCCCUGCAUGGACCAGGGAGGACAACCAGACUGAUGAAAUCAUGCAAACGUUCAAACACAGCACUGAGCUACCGGGCAUCUACUUGACAAAGCUGUAGAAGACGAUGGAGGAGGAGGAGAGGAGCGGUGGAGGGGGGCGGGGCAGUGGAGGGGGGGGCGGGGCAAAGGAACCUCCCUCCCGGCCUCCCCUCCUCCUUCCUGCUGCGGAGCCUAAGAGUGAGUGAUUGACAGUUCAGUGGCGUGGGCACAUGAGGACUGUAACUACAGUAUUGUAUUGAGAUUAGCUUUUCUUUUUUUACUUGUAUUUUCUUCCCCCCCCCCCCCCAUGGUGCUCUGGUAUCAACUGACCAAGCGUUUACCAAGUCACAAUGGAGGAAGGACUGUUUGUUGUCAUAUGCAUAUUGAACUGAAUGCAAAAAAAAAAGAGGGAAAAAAAAGAAUGAAAUGAAAAAAAUAUAUACAAAACGUAAAAAGUAUGGUAUUAUGAACUUUUUGGGGGUUUCAUUUUUUUAAGAUAUGGUUAUGAUUCUUAUCAUUUGUGAAUUUAGUUAGGAAUACUGUAUGAAUCUAGUAUACAUCUAUAUUUUUCAAAAGAGGAUAAUCGGCACGUAGGCAGAGAGGAGAGAGACACCAUCCAUGCUGCUGGCCGAGGAAGCGCUACCAUGGAAACUAAGUGGACUCGGAUUGGACCUGAGCGUGCCCACGUUCCACCAUUUUCUGGUGCCGUUUCAUUUUGGUUGAGAGCAGGGAAAAUCUAUUUUUUUAGCAAUUCAUUGAAAUCUUGUUUGUGUCCAUGUUUUUUUUUUCUUCUUUUUUUUUUUUUUUUUUGCAGUGCAGUCAUGUCCUUGCUGUCAUGGUACUGAAAACGUUUUUGGCCGUAUUAUUCUUUAAUAUUGUGGAAAUGUCGGUAUAAUAAUGAUGAUGGUAAUGGUGGUAAUUAAAUUGGCUCACUCUGGAUGGUUGUAGAAAAGAAAAACAAAAUCUCCACGUUGAAGUUGAACUGGAGGAGUUGUGGGGCAUCAUGGAGAUGCCGUCGACGGCAGUGCUGUUCAUUCCCAGUCACUCCCCACCUCCCCCCUCUCCUCCCCCCUCUGCUCUCACAACGCCGCACAGCCAACACCUCCGACUCCCUGUUGCAAUGCCGUGGCCCUCCUGAGGCCCUCCCUAGUCUUAAAGCUGUCUGUGCUCUGCCUGCAGAGCUGUGGCCUCUCUCACUCUGGGAUUUAUUCUGUCCACCGUGAUCAACGUACUGUAGUGCUCGCGGUGUGGGGGAGGGAGGGGGGGGAGGGGUGUGAUUGGGCGAGGGAGAGAUAUUGCACAUAUGUGGGGGGCUCUUGUCAACUGCGUCCCGGGUUUGAAUCUGUCAGUGUUCCGCUAACCAUGGCAACGCCUGGCGUCCCUCGGGGCGGCAGCAGGGGUGCGGUGAGGUCGCCUCUCCAGCGCGCCGUUCAAUCAGUAUGCCGUCUCCUGGAAAUAGGACAGAAUAUAUCAUAUUUACAAACACCGGGGUUAUGUCUGAAUAUCACAUAUGUUGUCAAUGUAAAGAAAGUGAAAUAAUUAACAAACAUUUGUGGGGAGUAACAAAAUAAUAAAUAAACAUAAAAAAAGAAAAAGAAUCUAAAGCGACAGCAAUGUUCACUCAUGUUGGCCGGAACCCAUCAGGGGAAGCGUUAUGGAUCCCACCUGGUGAUGGGUAGCCGCUUGUCAAGGUGAGGUCAACCCAGAGCAUUUAUAGCUCUUCCUCUGGUCGGCUACAGAAACAACUAUUUUUGGAACUUGGCCGGAGGGGAGGGGAGAGGAGGGGAGAGGGAGGGGGGGUAACUGUUAGGAGACGCUAAAUCCCACACUUUUAGAAUGUCGGCACAAAGGCUUUUGAUGUAUUGUGGCGACGACAGAGACGCCACCUGACAACAUUCAGGGACUCAGCUGAAACCUUAAAGGACGAGGAGACCUUCAUGGUCCCGUUUCAGUGAAUAAACAGAACAAAAAACUGGAACGUUUUCUCUGUGUGGGUCUUUUCUGCUGCUACUGCUGUUGCUUGGGCGUCCUCUGUCUCACAAGACAACUGUUAUAUAAGAGCAACAAAGAGCGCGGAGGCUGUGGAGCUCUUCUUCUCGCGUUGAAAAUGGCUGAUCUGAUAUGCCAAGGCUGUUAAGCUCUGUUCCUGGACAGCUGCCUCGCUGUUGGGUUUUCAUUUCUAGUUCCAACCCAUUGUAAUCUUCUCAGUUUGUCAGUAAGUAUUUAUGUUCCAACUCGGCUUGGAGUGAAAACCUGCAGGAGGAUAGAUCUUAAGGAGCAGGGUUGGAAAGACUAGUGACAUAUGAUUUGCAAAUGUGUAUGUCGUUGUACCAACUAUCAAGAGGUACCUAUAUUUGUUUUAUAUUACAUCUACACAUGCACAGUUUUUAUUUUUGAGUAUUCAAAGUUUUAAGUUAGGUGAAUUUGUGUCACGUCAGAAACUGGAGCACUUCUGCUUUUAAGGCAUGAAGCCCAUGAAUGAGUAGAAAAGUGUUAAUGGUAUAUAUUUACCACAAGGGGGCACUCACCGAUUCUUGGAAAAAGUCACUGGUUUAAAUUCUGCACUGCACCCUCCAUUGCUUUCUCCGGAUCAGAAGAGGAUAAACAAACAAGGAUGACGCAGUGUAUUUAAUGAGCAAACCGAAUUUUAUCAUAACAGUUCAUUUAACAAAAGCAACACAUAUAGAAAAAUAUGCACACAAACAGAAACGAUAAAAUAUUAUAAAUAUAUAAUUUUUUUUGUUAUUGGCUGGGGAACAAUUGGGGAAAAGAAAGGAUACAGUACAGUCUUAUGAGCAGAAUGUUCUAGGCAGAAUGAUAGCUAUAGCCUACUCCUACUACAAAGCUUUAAGCCCACUGAUGCAGCUUCCAACCUGCAUUCAUGUCAACAAUGUUCCGGCUGUAUUUUAAUGUGCUGCAAUGCCUGCUACUAUUAAGGAGGCUUUGUUUGGCUGAGAAUGGGGCGACUUUACACAAAGCUAUAAUGUUUAAACACCUAAGUUGACUGUCGUUAUGCCUUUUGAAACUGGUCCCAUUUUAUCUUGAAAGUGUAGAUGUAAAUUAGGUGUAUAUAUCUAAAUAUAUUUCUUGUUUUCUACUGUUGGCUAUGUAAUUAUUUCUCCAAUGUUUUCAUCCAUUAUCUGUUACCUUAAAGUUAUGCUCUCAUUACCUUUGUAAUUAAUAUUUGGAGAGGUCAGUUCUUGGAUAAUUAUGUGCUAAUUAGAGUCUUGGGGCACAAUUCUAGGUAACCGGCUGUUACCCAAGGUCAUACAAAAAUAUGUUUAUAAUUGUUUUCAAGCUAACUAAACGCUUAUGCUGCCUAAACAGAGACCAGAGU